UUGUCGCCGCCGCCGGCGCGUCGGAGGGAGCCCAGCAUGGCCGGGUCGGGCUCACAGCGCCGCGCGUCCCGGGGGGCCUCGGCGCUCUUGGCCGCGGCGCUUCUCUAUGCUGCGCUGGGGGACGUGGUGCGCUCGGAGCAGCAGAUCCCGCUCUCCGUGGUGAAGCUCUGGGCCUCGGCUUUUGGUGGGGAGAUAAAAUCCAUCGCUGCUAAGUACUCUGGUUCCCAGCUUUUGCAAAAGAAAUACAAAGAGUACGAGAAGGAUGUUGCCAUAGAGGAAAUCGAUGGACUCCAACUGGUGAAAAAGCUGGCAAAGAACAUGGAAGAGAUGUUUCACAAAAAGUCUGAGGCAGUGAGGCGUCUUGUGGAGGCUGCAGAAGAAGCACAUCUAAAACAUGAAUUUGAUGCAGACUUGCAGUAUGAAUACUUCAAUGCCGUACUGAUAAAUGAAAGGGACAAAGAUGGAAAUUUUUUGGAGCUGGGGAAGGAAUUCAUCUUGGCUCCAAAUGACCACUUUAAUAAUUUGCCUGUGAACAUCAGUCUAAGUGAUGUCCAGGUGCCAACAAACAUGUACAACAAAGGGAUUAAAUGGGAACCAGAUGAGAAUGGAGUCAUUGCUUUUGACUGCAGGAACCGAAAAUGGUAUAUCCAGGCAGCAACUUCUCCAAAAGAUGUGGUCAUUUUGGUUGAUGUCAGUGGCAGCAUGAAAGGGCUCCGUCUGACGAUAGCAAAGCAAACAGUCUCAUCUAUUCUGGAUACGCUGGGAGAUGACGACUUCUUCAACAUAAUUGCUUAUAAUGAGGAACUUCACUAUGUGGAACCGUGCCUGAAUGGAACAUUGGUGCAAGCCGACAGGACCAAUAAAGAGCACUUCAGGGAGCAUCUGGACAAACUUUUUGCCAAAGGAAUUGGAAUGCUGGAUAUUGCUCUUAAUGAGGCCUUCAACAUUCUCAGCGAUUUCAACCACACAGGACAAGGGAGUAUCUGCAGCCAGGCCAUCAUGCUCAUCACCGAUGGAGCUGUGGACACCUAUGACACCAUCUUUGCCAAAUACAACUGGCCUGAUCGAAAGGUUCGCAUCUUCACAUACCUCAUUGGACGAGAGGCUGCUUUUGCAGACAAUCUCAAGUGGAUGGCGUGUGCCAACAAAGGAUUUUUCACCCAGAUAUCCACCUUGGCUGAUGUGCAGGAAAACGUCAUGGAGUACCUCCAUGUACUCAGCCGACCCAAAGUCAUUGACCAGGAGCAUGAUGUGGUGUGGACAGAAGCUUACAUUGACAGCACGCUCCCUCAGGCACAAAAGCUUGCGGAUGAUCAGGGCCUCGUCCUGAUGACCACCGUGGCUAUGCCUGUAUUUAGUAAGCAGAAUGAAACUAGAUCAAAGGGCAUUCUUCUGGGUGUGGUUGGCACAGAUGUCCCUGUGAAAGAACUUCUGAAGACAAUCCCCAAAUACAAGUUAGGGAUUCACGGAUAUGCCUUUGCAAUCACAAAUAAUGGCUAUAUCCUGACGCACCCAGAACUCAGACCUCUGUAUGAAGAAGGAAAGAAGCGAAGGAAACCUAACUACAGUAGUGUUGACCUCUCUGAGGUGGAGUGGGAAGACCGAGAUGAUGUGUUAAGAAACGCCAUGGUGAAUCGAAAGACUGGGAAGUUUUCCAUGGAGGUGAAGAAGACAGUGGACAAAGGGAAACGGGUUUUGGUGAUGACAAAUGACUACUAUUAUACAGACAUCAAGGGUACUCCUUUCAGUUUAGGUGUGGCGCUCUCCAGAGGCCAUGGGAAAUAUUUCUUCCGAGGGAAUGUAACCAUUGAUGAAGGACUGCAUGACUUAGAACACCCCGAUGUGUCCUUGGCAGACGAAUGGUCCUACUGCAACACUGACCUACAUCCAGAACACCGGCACCUGUCUCAGUUAGAAGCGAUUAAGCUGUACCUCAAAGGCAAAGAACCUCUGCUCCAGUGUGACAAAGAACUGAUACAAGAAGUCCUCUUUGACGCCGUGGUGAGCGCUCCCAUUGAGGCGUAUUGGACCAGCCUUGCCCUCAACAAAUCUGAGAAUUCUGACAAGGGGGUGGAGGUUGCCUUCCUCGGCACUCGCACUGGCCUCUCGAGGAUCAACUUAUUUGUUGGAGCGGAGCAGCUCACCAAUCAGGACUUCCUCAAAGCUGGAGACAAGGAGAACAUUUUCAAUGCAGACCAUUUCCCUCUCUGGUACCGAAGAGCCGCUGAGCAGAUUCCAGGGAGUUUCGUCUACUCGAUCCCAUUCAGCACAGGAUCAGUCAACAAAAGCAAUGUGGUGACAGCAAGCACCUCCAUCCAGCUCCUGGAUGAACGGAAAUCUCCCGUGGUGGCAGCUGUAGGCAUCCAGAUGAAACUUGAAUUUUUCCAAAGGAAGUUCUGGACUGCCAGCAGACAGUGCGCCUCUCUGGAUGGCAAAUGCUCUAUCAGCUGCGAUGAUGAGACUGUGAACUGUUACCUUAUAGACAAUAAUGGGUUUAUUCUGGUGUCUGAAGACUACACACAGACUGGAGACUUUUUCGGUGAGGUCGAGGGAGCUGUGAUGAACAAAUUGUUAACAAUGGGCUCCUUUAAAAGAAUCACCCUCUAUGACUAUCAAGCCAUGUGCAGAGCCAACAAGGAGAGCAGUGACGGCGCCCGUGGUCUCCUGGACCCUUAUAAUGCUUUCCUUGCUGCAGUAAAAUGGAUAAUGACAGAACUUGUAUUGUUCCUGGUGGAAUUUAACCUCUGCAGUUGGUGGCACUCAGAUAUGACAGCUAAAGCCCAGAAAUUGAAACAGACCCUGGAGCCUUGUGAUACUGAGUACCCAGCGUUUGUCUCUGAGCGCACCAUCAAGGAAACCUCAGGGAACAUUGCUUGUGAAGACUGCUCCAAGUCCUUUGUCAUCCAGCAAAUCCCUAGCAGCAACCUGUUCAUGGUGGUGGUGGACAGCAGCUGCCUCUGUGAGUCUGUGGCGCCCAUCACCAUGGCGCCCAUAGAAAUCAGGUAUAAUGAAUCUCUUAAGUGUGAACGUUUAAAGGCCCAGAAGAUCAGAAGGCGUCCGGAAUCCUGUCACGGCUUUCAUCCUGAGGAGAACGCGAGAGAGUGUGGGGGUGCGGCAAGUCUCCAGGCCACGAUGGUCCCUGUCCUGUUCCCUCCGCUCUUGAUGCUCUUCUCAAGGUGACACUGACUCAGCUGUUCUCUUGGCAUGCUAAAUUAUGGAUAAACUGUGAACCAAAAUAUGGUGCGACAUAGGAGACAUGAAAUAUAGUCCAACCAUCAGCAUCUCAUGAUUUUAAACCGUGCGUGAUAGAAACUCUUAAAAAUAUGUUGACAAAAAGUUAUCUUUUUACUUUGCCAGUCAUGCAGAUACGUGAGUUUGCUACAUGAUAAUCAUUCUUCAUCAGAAAUGGGGCUGCAAGUGGGCAGGGGCCCUUCUGCUUGAAACCAAUUUAAA